UCGAGGAGAUGUAAGUCCAGGAACAUGAAAAGGUCGGAUAGCAGUGAGAGGGAGAAGAAAAGAAAGAGACAGAGGCUUCUGCAGGAGCUGGGUGGGCAGCGAAUCCCCUUCCUGUCCCCCUCAGACCCAGGGUUCCAGGAGCUGUGGAAGUCCAGCUAUCCUGGCCUGGUCCUCAGACGGGCCGACGCACUACCCCCUGACCUGCACGCCCGAGUUCAGGCUGCCCUCUGCUCCCUGCACGGCCGUGGCUGCCUGCUGCGGGACCUGGUGCGGGUUCGUGGCCGCGACGUCUUCACCGCGGUAUCCCGUGCCCUCCUGGGCCUGCCUGGUCAUACCUACCGCUACCUGAACACACGCCUCUUCACCAUUCCUUGGCACUGUGGGGAAGAGGAGCAGGAGGAGGAAGAGAAAGGUGGGGUGCCCAAAGAGGAAGAGCAGAAGGCGCAAAAGCACGAGGGGGAAGUCCAAGGGCAAGGCCAGGGGGCAGGGGAGAGAAAGGCAGAGGCCUGCUGUGACCAGGAGCUGAGGGCAGCCUGCAAGGCACUCUGGGAGCUCAACCGCUUCUUCUGUGAAGAUGUCAAUUGCAGAGAGGCUGGCGACCAUGGGAGGGAUGUCGAAGACCCACAGGUCAGCGAAGGGUCCCCUCAGCCUCAGUGCUCCAAGGGCUCGCCCUGCACAGCACAGUUUAAUGUCACCCUUCUGAACUACAUGGACCCUGCCACCAUGGAUCAGCUGAAGGAGGAGCCCUACUACGGCAUGGGCAAGAUGGCUGUGGGCUGGCACCAUGACGAGAACCUGGUGCCAUCCUCCUCGGUUGCUGUGUAUAACUACAGCUGCCAGGAUGACAAAGUCGAGGGUGGUGGCUCUGAAGACGUGGCUCCAGCCAGCUGGCGUGUGGGACUGAAGGUGGCUUGGGACAUCAACACGCCGGGCCUGGUACUUCCACUGCAGUCUGGAGAUUGCUACUACAUGAGGGAUGAUCUGAACCGGACCCACCAGCACUGUGUCUUGGCAGGGGAGAUGUCUCGCUUUAGCUCCACCCACAGAGUGGCCGAGUGCUCCACAGGUACAUUAGAAUACAUCCGAAGGCGCUGUAAGGAGGCCUUAGAUAACGUGUCCACAGACCCAGACACCGGCUGCAAAUCCCUGCGCUCCCUGUCACCCUCAACUCUGCAGCUGUCUGAGGAGGUUCACAAUGAGGUUGAGUUUGAGUGGCUGCGCCAGUACUGGUUCCAGGGACGACGCUACUCCAGGUUCUGCAACUGGUGGAAUAAGCCCAUGGAGCAGUUGGAGGAGGUCUGGAAGGAGAUGGAGAGCCUGACUCAGCUGACGCUGGCGGUAGCGGAGGAUGACGGCUGUGAAGAGCAGAGGAGGAAGGAGGUGGCCGAAACCUUGCUGCCCACUCUCACGGAGCGACAGCAGCACAGGCUCACUUGGAAGGAGAGGUGUGAGUCCAGACUUGCCCAGACUUUACCCCCCGAAGAGGCGCCAGUCAACCGACCAUACUGGUGUGACGGUGACCCCUCCAUGCCGCUGCCCUUUGACUUGACGGACAUCAUCAGCCGAGUGGAGUCGCUCCUCUGGAAGCUUUGAAGGGGGCAGUUCCUACAACACACCUGUCCUCCUAAAUGGAUUCCCGAAGAUAAUGAUCCGCCGUUAGACCAUGUCCUUCCGCUCCGAGACAUGCGGCCAACAGAGGAUGUGCCAUUCUCAUCCUGAGCCUCAGCUCUGUUUGCUGGGGAGGUCUGGGGAAGUGCAUGCUGAGGAGAGGACGAGAAUGACACCACAAGUACAGCAUUGUCAGUUUGCUCGCUUUUUCAUUUUUCCAUAGGUAGUGCAGUGACAAAUAUUAUCAUACCUGUGCCAAACAUCCAGAAUUGCUACCCAAUAUUUGUUUUCUUCCACUCCCAUGUAUCACAUAUGGCUUAUUGUAUCUUUACUGUGCAGAUGUGUAUUGUUUACCUAAUUGCUUGUACUCAUUCUGUGGGCCUUGGUGAUAUGAGUCUGCUCCAGCGUGAGAAGCCCUUCCUGCUCCUCUUGUCCCACCUGCCCUAAAGGGCCAGGGUGUCCCUCUAGGUGUAACCUGCUCAUGUCUGAUUGUUCACAAAAAGCUAAACUAAAUGAAACCCCUUUUUAAUUUGACUCAUUUUCCUCCCGUCCCCGGUGGAAAAAGCACGACUUGCAGGCUAAAAAUGGCCAUUGUUCUGGCCAAAUCAUUCAGUAUCAUCCCAGUGUUCCCAGAGCCAACUGAUCCUGUCUUUAGGAGGCUGUUGAGAGGAGCACUUAACAAAAUGAGCGAUAUUUGAAGAAUGAAAACCGCUCAAGAGUCAGAAAACUAUGUGUGAACACUGUAUGCUAGUGUUUUUGAGGUGUGACUGUGCAUUGUGCUCGACAUUCAGGCGGUCCUCCACGUUGUACUGAACUUUCAGUACAUUUCGUAUCUUCUUGCUCCCCAGCUUUCCACAGGUAGUCUGAAACUAGCCUUAGGCAGUGGUGAGGUGACCCUUUGGUUAGCCUGAUCAGUAAGUUCCCCCAGUGUACUAAGCCCUCCGUGCACACGCUCCUCAGCUACACACAGCAGGGGCAUCACAGACCUGGUUAGUGUCCCCCAUCAGCUGUCCCUUCCUGAGCUGGACUCGGAGAUGCCCGUCUCAUAGCGACUGCCAGGUUGUUCCUGGAUUCCUCCUCGACAAGCCUCAUCACUCCUGGUUCUGCACCAGACACCGAGUAGUAAGAGAACUGUGUUUGUCCUCAAAGGAACACGUGACCAAUGCUUUUAUUUCUGUUUUGAGGAGUAUUUCCUAGAUGUGUUUCAGAUGCUGUUUUUGUAUCAGUGUCUCACUUGUGUCAUUAGACAGAGCUUUUCAUGGCUUGGGGAAGGAUUUCACCAUAUGUGGUAAAUUAACGCUUUCUCUCUUACGUUGAGCAAUGCCAAUGACACCAGAGCACUCUUGUUACCUAGCACCGAGCCCUUGCACUUCACAGUUGCUGUUGUUUUAGCUUUUUUAAGACUUACUAAUGAAUGGUGUUGAGAGAUAUUAAUGUGAGAGAUAGUACUGAAAAUAAUGUGAGUGGUAGCAUCCUUUUAGACGGUAAUGCAGAUUGUAAUGCAGAAUGUAUGCCUAGACUGUAAUGUGUUGGAUAUCACACGUAAAUGAUUUUCUAUUGGUUCUUGAUGAAGUAGAAUUUCCAUAUUGUAAUAAGAAUGCAAAUAAAUAUUCCAUGUUUUUUU